AUGGAGACUUCAGUCGAGGAUCCACAUCCUCAAAACACCCCAGACUCUCCUUCCCCUUCUUCUGCGACUUCUUCUACGCAAGAUGGGAUGGUCACUGCCGUGGGGCAAGAGAGCGGCGGAGUCGUGAAACCCAAGAAGGCGGCUUACCGACAGAGAGCACACUGUAACCCGCUAGCGGACUCCUACAUCGUCUAUCCCAGAAGCCCAGACUUCGUCGAUUGGUCUUUCCACUUCCCUGCAUUCUUUCCGAGCGAGGCUGACGCAUGCGCCUCCCGAGACCUUACCCUCAACACGGAACAGUACCCCGUUUCGUAUCCCUCUCGCCAGCCGCCACAUUUGAAUGGAACAGUUGGACCGCGUGUGGAGUUCCUCGACGUCGGCUGCGGCUUCGGUGGUUUGCUCGUGUCUCUUGCUCCCAAGUUCCCGCGUACUCUGAUGAUGGGUAUGGAGAUUCGCGAGAAGGUGACGAAUUAUGUCGGGGAGCGAAUUGCGGCUCUCCGAAAAGAGCAUGCAGCGACGGGACAGUUCGCCAAUGUGUCGAUCAUCCGGACGAACGUGAUGAAAUUUCUCGUCAACUACUUCCGCAAAGGCCAGCUCACAAAGAUGUUCUUCUGCUUCCCCGAUCCCCACUUCAAACGGAGCAACUGGCGUCGACGUAUCAUCAACGCCCCCGUUCUCUCUCUGUACGCCUACGUCCUUCGUCCAGGCGGACUUCUUUACACGGUCACAGACGUGGAGGAUUUGCAUCGCUGGAUGCGGAAGUCAUGCUUGCUGCACCCUCUCUUUGAGGAAGUUCCCCUGACAGAUCUGGAAGACGACCCAUGCCUCGCAGCCAUUGAAAGCGAUACAGAGGAAGGCAUGAAGGUCAAACGCAUGGGACAGCCGUGUUACACGUGCGUUUUUCGGCGGAUCGGCGAGCUUCCUGUCGCCUAA